CACUGUAGAAGGGUGAGACUUGCAGGCUUUUACGGUCAACCCACCGCAAACCAGGCCUCAAAGCUAUAACUGUUUUUGCGCAAAGUUUCGUACAUGAGCCCAAAUUCUACCUUCUAAUUUCAAGUGUUUUUUCUGAAGUUUCAAAACCCUCCACUGUCAACUAAGGUUGGGGAAAAAAGGGGCAGAAUCUAAAAAUAAAUUCUAAUCCAAUGAGUUCUUCCUCUUCUACAUCAAAAGUAGAGGAAUUUGUGAGGAGAGAAGUUGAGGAUUGGGACGAUGAGGUCAUCUCAACCGCCAGAUUCAAAGCAUUCAGCGGGCAGAGAUCGGAUUGGGAACCCAAGCUCCAUUUCUGGAGGGAUCUCAUCACCAAGGUCGCUCGCCAUCUUGGAAAAUUCACUGUUCGAUCCUCCGAGGUGAAAAAUGUUUGGUUUGCUCGAGGAGGGUUGACGCCUUUGUGCAUGGACCAGGUUUUGCAAGAAAUGUGUGUUAGUGGGGACAUUUUAUCCAAAGGGGGUCUAGUUGAUCCAACCAGUGGGAGAAUGUACUCAAUGCUAAGAAGAGUUCAGCAGAUAAUAGUCAAGUUCGGAUCAUUUUCUUUACAAGAGAGUGCCGAUGAUACACUCAUCCUAAAGACACUGCUUGAGGAAAAAGCUUGCGAUAUUAUCAAGACCUUAUCUGAGAGCAACUGGACAUCUACAUGUAUCAUUACAAUGGAAAAGUUUAGGAACAUCUGUAAAGGUUCUGCCGAAGCUUCUGCAAUCUUGAGUUACUUAUGUGGAUGUGGAAAAGCACGAUAUUUCUCAAUUAGAAAGGAUGACUUUAUAGAGGGUGUGAAACUUUCGCUUGUGCCAGCAUCUUGUCCUGAUUUAUCCAGUCUUGACUAUCAUUCUUUGCACUUGAUCUGGACGGUUGAAAAGCUACAGCAACAGCUUGAUGUGAUUGAUCAACGCUGGGAAACUUCUAGGAAACUGGCAUUGGCUUCCAUCAAGUCAGGGAAUAAACAAGCUGCUUAUAGGCAUAUUAGGCAAUCAAAACUGUUCUCUGAAAGCAGAGAUAAAUGCACAUCACUUUUGGAGCGGGUGGAAGAAGUUCUCAGAAUCAUUGCAGAUGCUGAAUCCACCAAGAAGGUUUCUGAGGCCAUCAAAAUUGGUGCUCAAGUGAUCAAGGAAAAUAAAAUUACUGUGGAAGAAGUUCACGUCCAUCUUCAAGAACUUGACGAGAGUAUUACAGCACAGAAGCAAGUCAAUGAGGCUCUAGAAGCUAUGCCACUUCAAUUCGUGGAUCUCGAGGAUGAAGACGUUGAAGAUGAGUUCAAGAAACUAGAAAUGGAGCUUGCAGAUGAAGAAAUGCCCAGGCCUCCCAUUCAUGAACCUCUCUCAGACAAAGAGGAAAUUAAGAAGGCUCAGGAUCCUGCCGAAUCUUUAAGCAAAUCCCUCUCGAACCUUAACCUUGAGCCUGAGGCUGCAUAGUUGAUGAGGCUCUCCAUAAUCUUCUCCUUCAUAGAAAAUACAAUCUUGUAUGAAGAAUUAGGUUGUGUUUUUGUUGUUCUAUGACAUCUUGAACUACAAACAAUUGAUGUAGUUCAAACUUAUUCGACAGAUACAUAGUGUGUAUAUUGUUUACCUCAUCAACUCUAUUCGUACCUGACCAUUUCUUGUGCAACUCUGAUGAAUCAAACCCUAUUUAUUGGAUUA